GCGCCGACAGAUGGCGGGCGAGUAGUAGAUUGGGGUUUGUGUCGUGUGAACAUACCACAUUUGCAGCGAUCUUUUGCAUGUACAGACAUGUGCAGCAAUGUCUGCGCAGACAGAACGUUGCGAGUGGACCGGGCUUUAUAUGUAUGAAUAAAUCACAUAUCACAAUAGCAACAACAGUAUAAAUGUCUGUGGAAUAAUGUACCUAAAUGCUGUAUAGACAGGCCUGCCAACUUACGUUUGGUAGUAAUUAUAACUUUCAAUGGCUGACGCUGGUGUGACAGAUGUGGUGCAGUGGAAAAAGCGUGAAAGACCUAAACUUAAUAAUGAUCAUGUUUUAAGAAAACGUUUACCACCACGCUUACCCCGCCGGAAACAGGACAUUUAUAUCACAAACAAAUCUAAUUACAAGGGUCAGCUGGCUCGUAGUGAGAAGCUUUUGGAGAGUGGUGAGCCAGAAAUUGUAAUUCACGGUCUGGGCGCAGCCGUUACCAGAGCUGUCAACCUCGCACUUCAGCUUAAGGAGAAGUUCCUUGGGACGGUUGAGCUUUCUGUGAAUACCUCAACAGUGGAUAUCAUUGAUGACCUGGAACCAUUGGAGGACCACGCUGAGUACGAAACAAAUACUCGUCAAAAUUCUUCAGUUCACAUUCGUGUGUUUCGGAUAGCUUUAAGUGGUGCUAACACAUAA